GAGCAAGAGUGUGAAACGUCCCUGGAGGCGUUGGGAGCGGACCUGUCGUGUUUGCGAUACUUAAGGCAAAUGAAGCAAGUUAGUCAAAUGGCCGAUUUCAGUGGCGGUGCGGCUGCUGAGGAGAAGCAGUCGGCGCAAGCGUCCGCAUUCUCCUUCCUGUCGAAGAGAGUUCUUGAACAAGGUUCCGAACUGUUAAAGCAAGGUGUUAAGACCUUUAUCCCCCCCUCCACUAAGCUGCCAAUCACCAGGAUAGUCGAGUAUGUGAAUAAGACGUCACUUGAUUGA